AUGGAGCGCCAAAGGAGGCUUCGGAGUACCGCUACUCGAAAAUACAAGAAGUCGUGCGCUCCGAGUUCAACAAAUGCCGAUUCACCUUGCGUGUUCUCAGAUAGCGACUCGGAUAUUGAUCGCAUAAACGAGAAAGCGAGCGAUCUUCUAGGACAUUUCCUCGCUUUCAGCGAUCGAAAUGAGAAAAAUUCCACCGCAAGUGACUCUCGAAGCUCGUCUGUGGUCCCCGCAAAACGAACGACCGAUGACGUUGUGACGCCAACCACAUCUUUUACAAGCAAUGGGAGUGAAUCGAAUGGGGAUACAACUAGCCUACGACACCCGGUGGAUUGGUAUUCAAUGAAAUCGAUGUUGUCUAGCAUGCCGCCUUUGCUACUUUCUCAAAACAAGCCAUCGGUUGUGAGUGGUAGUCAGUUGGAGAUAGCAAAAUCACAGGCUAUGGAGAAGCCAGAUACCCAGCCGGCCACGAAGUUAAUGCGCGUUAAAAGGAAAAUGACAGAGAGAGAGGAUAUACCCCGAAGGUCAUCGACCCCUAUCCCGAAGCACACCGAGCCCCUUAGACACACUCAAGCACGCUCCUCAAAACGAAAUAAGCGCUCCACGAACUAUUAUUCAACUCCACCUGGAUUCAAAAGUGGUAGGAAGGUAACUAAGAGAAGUACCACAGUCUGCAAAGCGCCACCGCUGCCCUCUCCUUCGCCCCCAAGGUGCCAGGCCCCUGUCAGGUAUCACCAUGUGUACUAUCAUUCAGCUACUCUUACGGUAGUGAAGGAGCCCGUAGGCUCGGCAACUGAGGAUAAACGUGCACUAUAUCAUCCUUGGGAGGAUAGGAUAGACUGUGAUACCCUUUGGAUCAAACAGGGACAAGCCAGCAUGAAGCCGGAGGGGGUGUUGAUCCACACUGAUCUUGAUAUUAGUGAGAUGGAUGCAAUAUACUACUUUCUAUCAGAUAGGAGGAAGCCAGAAAGCGAGAUUAUCGUCCAGGAUCUAAUUGUCAAGUGUGUUCAGCAAACUCACCUUACCAAGGAAGGAAUCGCAUCCCUUGCGUCCAGACUGGAACACCUCAACGACUUUAACAGGCUGAUGUCAAAUUACACUUCCAACUUGACAGGUUUCUUUCUUGGCUAUAGAAGCGGAGGGGUAAUCGUGGACAUCGAAAGUGAUAUUCAUAUGGUCACCAUAUGUACCCUUUUGAAACACGAGCUUAACGUCUGGGCUCCGGUACAUGACAGCAAUCUUCAGGCACACCUCGAAGCUUUGCUUCGAAGAGCAGACGAGGUGAAGCUGAAGAUGCUAGCAAAGGAUAUCAGUCAAGCUAGUACCUUAAAACACCGAUCUUCUCAAGAGCUACAAGCAUUUCUAAUGGAUGCAAAGAGUGGUACAUUGUCCACAUCGCCCAUCUCUUUACGUGCCUAUCCGCCUCAAUUCGACCAGGAGCAUAUACGAUAUGACCUUCAGAGUGCCUCAGCUCACCUCAGGUCACGCGAACUUGGAUACCAGCUAUACCGAGCACGGUCAUCCAUAAACCGAACGCUGACCAAAUCAGUGAACGGAAACUGGCAACACUGGAAGUCCUGGAAGGGUGCUUCUCAUGAUGUCGUGGUGCUUGGUUGGUCUCCUGAUGGCACACGCUUUGCGGCUGGAGCUGCGACCUGCUGCGACCCGCGAAAUAUGAUGUAUAACCGAGGGAACAACCUGAUAAUAGGAGAUCUGUCAAUUAACGGCCUGAAGGAGCUGCCUGAUCACCGGGUGCCACGAGCCUUAAUUGAUACUAGUCAGUUGAGCGGUAGAAAUACAGCAAGCGAACCGCAUCUCUACACGAGUAUAAGCGCGGUAGCGUGGUCAAACGACGGGGACCGCAUGUAUAGCUCGAGUUAUGACCACACUGUGAAGAUUUGGGAUACUAGGAGCCACUGCGAUACGAAAUGCAUUGGCACUCUUCGACACCCUGGGAAAGUCCAUGUUAUGGCUCUCUCGAGCCUUGAUAACCAUCGGCUGGCUACGGGAUGCGAUUCUGAUUCUAGUUUUCGGCUAUGGCAGGUCCAAGAGAACGGCUUUGUGCUUUCCUCACCACUGGAGAUGGCUUUGCGCCACACUAAGACCAUGACACCAACAUCUCUAGCUUGGGGGCCAACUUCUUAUACGAAAAAUCUGCUUGCCGCUGGUUUAUCUUUCUCCGAUAAUACCACUACGCGUGGCGACCCUCCAAGCGGCGGCCGUCUUGCACUUUGGCAACUGGAGGAGGCCGGUGCCACUGAGCUAAACAUUCUACCCAACGCUCAGAAUGUUUUUGAUAUUGCCUGGCACCCAUCUUCGCCACUUUUCGCUGCUGGAAUUGCGGCCUGCGGGCGUUCCCGUGGUCUAGGCUCUGAUAUUCGAUCAAUGGUCAUGAUAUACGAACCACUAAGAAGCAGGAGGGAUAUUGUCAGUUAUGACUGCCCUGGCCUCGACAUAAACGAUGUGACGUUCUGUCCUUUUAAUGAGAACUAUGUUUCUGCAAGUUGUACAGAUGGCACAACCUUCGUCUGGGAUUUUAGGAAUCCUGACAAGAUUCUUCAUAAACUUCCACAUGGCCCGCCGAUCGGUGAACUUGAUCCCCAGCUCACGCGAUCCCAGGCAGACACAGGCGUACGUCUUGCGCUCUGGGGUAAUGAACCAACCCAGUUUUACACCGGAUCUUCAGAUGGAUGCGUAAAGAGCUGGAACAUCAUGGCUGCCACAGAAGACGUAUUCACCAAAGACAUUGCGGAUCUUGGCCGCAACAUCAUGUCUGGAGCCUUGUCCCCUGAUAAGACGAACAUGCUUGUUGGUGACACCAGUGGCGGAAUCCAUGUGCUUUCGACUUCUAGCCCGUCCAACGACGAUAAGAGCAUGAGCUUCCAGCAUGCCGAAGAGCAGAAAAUAGACGACCCGGACAGUGGUAUCAGAGCUGCAAACGAAUUGAUUGAGACGGGUCAAGUGGUCCUCCAUUCCAAAUACGGCCCUGGAAAGGGUCCUAACUACAGCGGGCCUUAUGCUGCCUGGGCUCGUCCACCAGACACCCCAGCCGACCAGUUAUCCAAUACGCGAUUAUCACUGCGGGUGCAAACUCGGCAGCUGUAUGGGCCUCCAGUCAACAAGCGUCCUGGCCUCGACGAUGCUACCCGCGAUCAUGUUAGGGCUCAGAUUUGGCUUGCUAAAUUUCGAAACAAAAGAUCGUUCCGCGAUACUCCACCGUCUUCCCAAACAUACUAG